AUGGGAUUAUUGGGAUUAUUGGGAUUAUUAUGGGAUUAUUGGGAUUAUUGGGAUUAUUAUGGAAUUAUUGAGAUUAUUNUUGCUGUUGUUUAUUUGAAAAGAUGUUUAAUAAUUAAAGAAGCCAGUCUAUCUUCAAAAGAUCUCUCCAUUACUACCAUACUUGAGUGUUUGUCACAAGUUCAAAGCUGGAGAGGCGAACAUGAACUCUCUCUUAUGUAUGAACAGAAUUGUUUCUUAAUGCGCCUCAAACUUCUACCACCGAAUCAUGAAAAUAUUGGCCAUAGUUUAUCAAAUAUUGGUGGAAUUUAUGAAAGGCUUCAUAAAUCUACGUUGGCACUUGAUUGCUACAAGCAAGCAUUAGCAAUCUACAGGAAAUGUCUGCCUUUCGAAGAUAGUGCACUAUCGAAAAUGGAAUCGAAUAUUGAGCGAAUUUCAGAAGAACUUGGAAUAUAG